UCCAAUACGCAGUCUACGUACAUUAGAUUUUAAUAAAUAUGUUAAGUUUGCAUUACUUAAAUGAUAUUUAAUUGCUGAUAAAUAAUAACAUUGUAAAAUGAAGCGGACACGCGGAAGAAAUCUCGUUUCAAUGGUUUUAAAUGAAACAAGAGAUCGUGAUUCUAGCGAAUCGCCGCUACCUCCAGGAGCAGAGACUUUACGUGAUGAAAUUGAGUUUCUAGAUAAAAUAGAUUUAGAUUCCAUAGAAUCGGAACCGUUUUCAGAAACUGUUCUCUUCAGUAAUACUUCACUGCAGCAAAGUUGUGGUUCGCCAAAUUCUGUGGAGCAUCAAAUAAUUUCUGUCGUUCAAAUAAGUUAAAUACAAGGCAAGUUUUAAAGACCACGCGAAAAACAUGUCAGCAAAAAGGAAACUCGCAAGAAUUUGAAGACUGGGAUGAAAGUUCAAUUUUGCCUAUUGAUUAUACAAACUCACCAAUAUCAGACCUAAAUAUGACUCAAGAAUCAAUACAAUGCUUGACCCCGAUGCCAUUAAAUUUAAGAGAUUUUUCUCCAACAGGCUCCGAUACAUGUUUGGACUUUGGAAAUGAUAAUUCGCCCUUCCCUAGUGAUUACACUGGCUCACCAUUAAGCACACCAGGUAAUCGUAAACGAAAAUCUCAAAAGAAAAAAGACUUAGGUAACUUGCGAGAAACUUAUCAAGAUAUGUGGAUUGACGAAAAACGGAAGUACAAUGUUAAUCGCGGCUUAAAAUAUACGAGUAGAAAUGGUAAAAUUAAAUUAGAAAAACAAAUCAAACCACCCUGCCCCCCGACGUGUAAAAAGAAGUGCACGGUUCAUCUAACCCAAUCGGAACGGGAAAAAAUAUUUAAUAUGUUUUGGAAGAUAGGCAAUCAUACAAGACAAUGGGACUUUAUCGCUAAAUAUGCAAAACGAGAAAAGGUAAAUAGAACAACUAAAUCUGACUCCAUGAGAACUUGCACUGUUAAAUAUUUUUUUCCAAAAAAGAACGAAGAUACUGGUGAUAUUGCUGCCAUACCCGUGUGCAAGUUAAUGUUCCUAAAUACACUGGCUAUUAGCUAUAACUUCCUAAAAACUGCCUUGGAUAAGUUUUAUCAAGGAAAUGGUUCUAUCGAACCCGAUCGUAGAGGCAAGCAUAAUAAUCACCCGAAAACUAUACAGCCAGAUGUUAUUAAGAGUGUUUGCGAUCAUGUAAACUCUUUAGCUCCCGUCGAAAGUCAUUUAGUCAGAAAACGAUCAGAUAAACUGUACCUUGACGGCAGUUUAACUUAUAGUAAACUGUUCAAUUUGUAUAUAGAGUGGUUUGACUACACCAAGUAUGAAGAAAAAGCUUUAAACGUCAGGCAGUACCGUGAUAUCGUGAACAAAAAUUUCAAAUUAUCGUUUCACAUACCAAAAAAAGAUAAGUGUGAUACUUGCCACAUUUAUGAGAACCUUGAAGAACCGUCUGUAAAAGAACAAUCAGAGCAAGCGUUGCAUUUAGAUGAAAAGGAUAGGGCAAGAGAUUUAAAGAAAAGCGACAAAGAGACAGCUACACAAAAUAAAGAAAUACUUACCGUUGUAUUUGAUCUGCAGAAAACCUUAAGUACUCCGCACGGUAACAUAAGCGUAUUUUACUACAAGAGAAAACUUAAUGUUUUUAAUUUCUCAACCUUUGACAUGGGUUCACUUGAAGGCCGGUGUUACUGUUGGAAUGAACAAAUAGCUAAAAGAGGUGCUAACGAAAUUGCUAGCAAUGUUCUGCAUUUAAUUCAAUCUAAAAUCCCAGAUAAUAUAAAAGAAUUCAGGUUCUGGUCUGACAACUGCGGAGGGCAAAACCGCAACCGAAUUGUUUUUCUCAUGUACAUGUACGCAUGCUGGAAAUAUAAUAUUUCAAUAGUACAUCGCUUUAUGGUAGUUGGGCAUACCCAAAAUGAAGGUGACAGCAUGCAUGCUUUGAUUGAAAGGAAAACAAAAAACAUUAAUAUAUACACGCCUGAGCAAUGGUACAUGGCUAUGCGUAUGGCGAAAACAGAGAAACCGUACGAAGUUAUAGAAGUGUCCCAAGACUCGAUAUUUGAUUUCAAGGCUUGUCUGAAGCUAUUCAGUAAUUGGAAAAAAGGGACAAACAAGCAAACCGUUAUGUGGAGCCAAAUGUGUGAAAUAUUUAUAUCACACGAGGAGCCUUUCAAGAUAAACUACAAAUACACAUUUGAACAGGAAUACGAAUCCAUUGAAUGUGCUUCCAUUAAACAGACAAGGAGCCGAUUAAGUGAGCUUGAAGUUGGGCUGAAUAAUAUUACUGUAGCUUACCAGGCACCAUUGCCAAUUGAUAAACAAAAAUUGAAAGAUCUUAAUGAUCUUUGUAAGACUGGUACAAUACCUGCUAAAUACCACGAAUUUUAUCACAAAUUAGUGUAA